CAUUAUUGUGCCAGCUACGCAUCAUCCAUCAUGACCUCCCUGGACGAGACUUCUUCUCUUCUCGACCCCUUCCUCGCCCUCCUCGACGACCCCGCUCCUUCGAAUGUCCCAGCCCAGACGCUCCUUGGCGCCAUCACCCAUUUCAUCUCGACCCUCGACGACGCCCAGCUCGCCCGCUUCAUCGCUUCCCUCGCCCGUUCUCUAUCUCUGCCGAAGACCAAUGGAGUGAGCGGUGAAGAUAUCAGGGCGACAGUUAAACUGGGUGUCGUAGGGUUCGUGAUGAGGAUGGAGAAUGAGAAGAAGGGAGUGUAUUUUGGAUCAUACAGGCGGUCGAAAGCAGCUAGGCAUUGGCUGGACGGGGUGCGCCGUGCAACGGAGACGGUCAGGCACCCAGUAGGACCGCGAGUGCAGGUACUGAUAGGCCUACUGCAAGGGGUCGAAGAAACACAAACCGUUGACUGGGGACAUGCGCGAGUCAAACUAGAAGAGAAGGUAGUCCUAGCAUUGUCUAGCGAUGAGCAGAUGGGGAAAUUGGAGCCUUUGUGCGUUGCCAUGGGGUAUGUGGAUGAGUCCAGGCUACUGGCGUUAAACCUGCAGCCAUUGAGCGACAAGAUUGCCGAUCACAUCUUCGCUUUGCUUGCCGGUCAGCAGGACCUCGACCAGCUACCUAUAUACGCCUCUGCAAUUGGUCGGUCUUAUGUGGCACUAUCUUCGGACGCUGCAUCCAAUCAGCGGCACACUCUCCAGGCCAUGUCUUUGUUUUGUCAGAGGAUGGAGGGCUUAGGUCUGGAACUGGGAAAGAAGGAUGCGUCUCAACGGCAAGCCGAUAGCCGAGGUUCUGAAGAUAAAGACCUUCACAAAACUGCUUUCAACGCCUUCCUCCUGCCCGCUUUUUCCAUUCUUGAUAUUCUCCUCCAAAAGUUGUCUGGUCAGAAGGAAUUUGUGGACUUGGCCGGUGGAAUCAUCAAGACAAUGUUUGCCUUCUCGUGUUUGACCGCGAGCGGCGAUGGCCUGGAGCACUACCACAGACUACUCGCCGGCUGUCUCGAUAUCACCUCCGAACGGGGAGGGGUUGCGGCUACCGAGAGCUUGUUCUUACACAUCGCGAGUGAAAGAAGACUAUCGGACGCAAAAGCGGCUUUCGUUCUGAUACUAGGGGACGAACUUGUGCAUCAGCUUGGCAGUCGGUCCAUCGACUUGCUGCUUCCUCUGGCCGAGAGGCACGCUUAUAGAUCCGAAAGUAGACCAAGCUUUGAGGCUGCCCAUGCGUUCUUCCUCUCACUCCUUCGCGUGUCUUCAGAAACCUUGCAGAGUGCUUCACCCCAAACCGACUUUUUCGAUGCUUUGUUGCCUAAUUAUCUUUCAAUCCUCACAAAGGUAAAGCACCUAGUGUCGCAUGGCAUGCUGAUGCGAGCCACAGCGAGCAAAAUCCGGCGACAUUACGCCCGACCAGCUCAAGCAAGCUCUCCCUCUUAUCACCUCUUACGCCGCCCGACGGGAUUCCACCUCUAUUUCCCUCUGCCUUAAAGCCCUCCUCUCCCUGCCACCAUCUCCCACUACUCGGCUCAUUCAGAUUCGCCUCGCACCGCAUAUCCCGUCAUCCUCACUGGCAGCUUACUUGCAAGAUCUAGGAGAAACGAUGAGAGGCGUGGACGAGGGCUCCCAAGAGAGGAUGGAGCUCAUGGGCGAAGCGUUCCAGAUGAUUAGCAGGGAUCUGCGAGAUGCGGACAAAAGGUCAGGCGUAGAGUGGUGGAUGAACUGGAAGCAGACAUUUGGGCAAAGACCACUUGGGUUCGUGAGGAGCAGGCUGUAAGCUGGGGAGACGACGUGCAUCGACCAUGAUGUUGUACUGUAUGUAAACAGUGUGUUGUUCUUUUA